CCGAUAUCUGACAGCCUCUCUUUUCUUUCUUAUAUUUGUUUUCCAAGCUCUCUAUUCUACAGUUUCUAUUACCAGCGUCUCUUUUACUCUCAAUGCCAUUUACCAAAACACAUGCCCUUCUUGGUCCUGUUUAAACCAAGUAACACAACGCUUGAAACAAAAUACUAGCUUGGGUCUUUCUCCUUCUAGAUCUGAUCUUUGCAUUUCCCCUCUUCUACGCCAUUCUAUUCUAUUCUACUAUUCUUUUCUUCUCUAUCGGACUUUUAGGGAAGUCUUACUGGCAUUUGUGGGAUUUCUCAUAGACCAGUGGCCUCGGGCUACUUGACUUAAAAGGUUGCAAUUGGAAGUUUCAUCAACGGCCCCCAUGGGCAAUGUUCCUUCAGACAAGACAACCGACGGGACAGCCCCGAUAUCAGAACAGGCAUCUCCUACUUCAGCGCCACCUCCAAAUGUCAGACACCAUUCCAGCUUCGCAGAAGCUCGAUAUGGAACCGCCCCUUCUCCCUUAAAUAUGAGCAUGGGAUACUCCCUUCCAGGCCAUCAUCCACAAGGCUAUAAUCACCAGCCAAUGCAUCAGUACCCAGCAGCCCACGGGCAAGGCAUGAUGUAUCCCAUGCCAAUGGCUCCGUAUGGACACAACUCCGGAGGAAUGGCAUACGGCAUGCCUUACCAAGCUUAUCCGCCGUAUGCGAUCCCUCAAACCCCAGGCCCUCAACAUGGAACUCAUUACCAACCCCAUGGACCCCAAAUACAAAACAUGCAAAACCUCAGUCCCGGGCAGGUAUCUCCAUAUGGAUCGGGCUAUUACCCUCAUUCGCCAUACGGUGUCCCUUAUGGACAUGGAGUGCCUCCCGGCCAAAUGUCUCAGGCUGCUUCUCCAGUCCGUACCAACACGAGCUCGCCAUCGAAACUAGGCUCUGUGCGCAAAGAAGCCGAUAAACGAAUGGCGGAUCUGGAAUAUGACGUUUCAAAAACCAUCGUGGAUGGAUCGAAUCCCAUGAAAUUAGUGCAGCCCCAACCCCAAUCGCACCUCUCCGACAAUAGUUCCCCUUCGCAACCAGCCCCGACCGUCCCGAGUACCCCACGAGGACCACCCCGAAAGCCAAAGCAAUCCGGCCACGCGCUCUGGGUUGGAAAUCUCCCCCCAGGAGCCAAUGUCAUAGAUCUCAAGGAUCACUUUUCACAAGAUGCAACAAACGACAUUGAGAGUGUGUUCCUGAUCUCCAAAAGUAAUUGUGCGUUCGUGAAUUACAAGUCGGCUGCCGCCUGUGUCGCGGCGUUGGCGAGAUUUCACGACUGCCGGUUCCAGGGCGUGCGUGUUGUCUGCCGAAUGCGAAAGGGUUUUACUGCCCCGGGGUCUGGAUCUGUAGGCGUGGCAAUUCCCGUGGUGAAUCAUGCUCCCCGACCACGAUUGGAGGAUAUGGCUACGGUUACUGCUACAGACCCAGGCGAGGACCAUUCAAUCACACCGGAGCUCAGCUCAGCAGCGCCUGCUACGGGGAACUAUCCGCCCCCAGCCCGGAUGGUAGAUCGGUACUUUAUUGUUAAAAGCUUGACAGUGGAAGAUCUCGAGCUGAGCAAGCAAAGUGGCAUCUGGGCUACGCAAUCGCACAACGAGGCGGCGAUGAAUCAAGCUUUCGAGACCACUGAUUACGUCUAUCUAAUUUUCUCCGCCAACAAAUCUGGUGAGUAUUUUGGAUAUGCGCGUAUGAUGUCGCCGAUUAGCGACGACGAAGAGCUCGCCUUGGAGAUGCCAUCCCGGCCCGAUCCCCCGCUCGGGCCCGACGAGCUCGACGUGACCCUGACAGUGGCGACGUCGACAGCGCCGCAAGGCCGAAUCAUCGAUGAUUCAGUGCGGGGUACUAUCUUCUGGGAAGUUGAGUCGUCGGAAGAUGAGAACGACGACGCCAGCGAGAAGAGCGUUGAACCCGAGGAUCCGGAAGAGGGCCAAACCUUUGGUAAACCGUUCCGCAUCCAAUGGAUUUCGACGGAACGAGUACCUUUUCAGCGCACUCGUGGCCUCCGUAACCCUUGGAAUGCGAAUCGGGAAAUCAAAAUCGCUCGUGACGGCACCGAAAUCGAGCCGACGAUCGGCCGUAAGCUGAUUCAGUUAUUUCAUUUGCCUUGAAUUUCUUGGUUUUCCAAUGUCCUUUGGGAUGAUCUGCUCUGCCUUUUGUGUGGUUAUCAAUAGCCUAUUUUCUGGCCUAUAUAAUCAGACAUCGACAGAGUAAAUUCAUUUAGGAAGAAAUCAGAAAUCCAGCAUAUAUAACACUUUAUGGGAAACGAGCAAUACACACAAUGUACGUAUAUUUUUAUUUACUUUUUAACCGAACAUGCUUCCCCUCUUUUCUGCAGCGAUUAUCGUUUGAUAUUCUGCACGAUACCCCUUCUGUAAACCGGUUGACUGUUACUGUGUUAUAUAGGUAAUAGGUACUAUUAAGUCGUG